UUGAUAAGGCAGAAUGAAAGUAAUUUCAGAAAUCCGAAAGCAACGCCGUGUCGUGUGUUCCAAUUUAGCAACAGUGGGCAAUACUUUUGCUACUGUGACUCCGUGAGGACCGUACUAGUUGAAUCCACGACCGGUAAAGAGAUACUUAAUGUUGAGUUGCCCCGAACGCAACAAAUUUUAUUCUCACCGAAAGAUCGCCUCAUGGCCACGUUUGAGCCGUACGCUGUUUAUGGUGGUACCCAUUUGACAACGUUAAUUGCUCAAAAACAUGUAAUUCUCAAUGCUCAUUUCAUUUCAGAAUCUUUUUUUCAUCUUUUUUCGCUCAUCUCAAUAUUUGAAUGCCGUAACUCAUGGAAAAUUCAAUGGACUGAUGAUGAAGUUUAUUCGAUACGCUUAUGUGGCUCCGAAAUUCUGGUCCAUAAAUAUAAUGCAUUUGGUGAGUUGGAAGUUAUCAUUACACAAAUUUAA